UCAUGAGCUAUGCAAUGGUAGCGAAUCAGUCGCGACCAUCAGCUGAUGAUUGAACACUGAACUGGCUUUUCUUUCUUGGUAAUCGGUAUCUUGCUUUCUACUACCUGUACAUCACCUGAAAUAAGACAUAACACCACUGGUUACAUACUUCUCUUUUGUAUAGAUAUUUUUUUUCUGGAGUCAUUUAUUUGACAGGACGCGCUCCGGGAAGGAUGGCUGCCAUCAAGGCGCUUCAACAGUGGUGCAAACUUCAGUGCGAUGGGUACCGAGAUGUGGCUGUCAUCAACAUGACAACUUCUUUUAGGGACGGGUUGGCGUUCUGUGCGCUUAUCCAUAAGUACAGACCGGACCUAAUAGACUACGACUCCCUGAAUAAAGAGGAUGUUUUUGACAACAACAACUUGGCUUUCCGGGUUGCAGAGGACAAGCUGGGGAUCGCUGCUCUGCUGGAUGCAGAGGACAUGGUGGCCCUGAGGAUCCCAGACCGACUGAGCGUCCUCACCUACGUCUCACAGUACUACAACUACUUCCACGGACGCAACCCUAUUGGAGGGGUGGGUGCUGUGAAAAGACCAGCUGAGGGCUCCAAGGAGGAGCCGUGUGGAAAGAAGAACCUCCCGGUGGUGGCCAAAACCAUAGUGUCUAAAAUGGCUAUAGAGAAUCGCCAACCUCCCUCUCUCAUGGUGAAAACCUCCCCCAAAGCAACCAGAGCUGCUGUUCAGAAGACUGAAGUUUUGGUGGAGAGGUCCAAUAAGACAGGCACUCUCAGCAGUAAAUGUGUUGUGUGCAAAUGCCACGUUCAUCUGGUCCAACGGCACUUUAUCGAGGGGAAGCUUUACCACAGGAGCUGCUUCAAGUGCAGUGAAUGCUCCAUCGUCCUCCUGGCUGGGGCCUAUAAACCAGGGAAGGAGCCAGGUAUCUUCAUCUGUAAUGAUGACCAUAACACUAAGAAUGGCUGCAACGAGCCUCCCUCCUCUGGGGUUGUCAUCAAAACCGGAUGCCCAAGCACCAAAGUUGAAUCCAAAAGUGACACCAGCAGAGUCCAGUCUGUCUCUUGCUCCACCUCUGUGCCUUCGACCCCCAUCAGGGUGGUCUUGAAGCCUGUGGAGACCACCACCCCAGCUCCCCAACCCUGGACCAGCUCGGCCCAGAGAACCCAGGCAGCGCGGCAGAGGUUCUUCCAGUCAUCUACCUCAACCUCCAGCAGCCAGAAGCCCCCAGCCCCCUCAGGACUGCCGAGGGUACCCCUGAGUCCUGAGGAAGAGAAGAACCGAGCCAGGGCUGUCAUUACCCAGAAACUAGCUGAAGCGAACUGUAACAACAAUAACACCAGAUAUUUUGUUAUCCGACCAGCAGAAAGAAGGUUUGGAGAUGUGCUAAGCUCAGCUGACCUCCCCAGCUGGAAGCAGGCUAAAUGUGGGCCAAGCACAGCAGGACAACUCUUCACCAGCCCCACCAGCAAUAAGGAAUUGCUUAACACAGUCAACAAAGCCAGCGCCAGACCAACAACUGUAUCCUUCAGCACCAAAGUAAGUGCAGACCGUGCAGAGGCUCCUGUUAACUGGCGAUCAAAGCUCAAGCCUGUUAAAAAUGGACCAGGACUGAAGACCUCUGACUCUGAGGACCAUGCGAUCAUUGUUGAGCAACCCAAACCUGAAGCCAUCUCGAAGUCUUUCGCUACUAGUAUCAUCGUCAACAUCAGCUCUACCUCUCCUCCGAUUCCCCCAGCAGCCUUCAACCCUCCUCCACCUGGCCCGGUGUCUCACAGCGCUCCGUCUCCCAAGCAGCCCCAUUGCGGCUCUGGAGGCUUGGGUACUAAAAAUGGGAAUUAUUCUACUCCUCUGUUGUCCACUCCUCCCCUGGUUCCUGUCUGGCACAGGGUUCCCACUCCCAAUAGGCCUCACCACAGCUCUGCGGGAUCGGGCUCAACGGAUGUCAAUUAUUCUCCCCCUAUGUCUCCUAAACCGCCUCGCCAGGGUUCCACAGGCUCCAAAAAUGGAAAGUAUUUGUCACCCACAAACACCUCCCAGUCUGAAACGAGGUCCCCCUCAUCCCAUCAUAUCCCCAUGGACCAGAUAGUGAAGGAGCUGUGUGAGAUUGGAGACAGCCUGGGUGAAUUGGAAAGGAAGGGAGUGGAGAUGGAGAAGAGGCUUCGCAGCUGUGAGGAAGAGGGCAAGGGGGACAUUUUGAUGGACCCUCUGAUGGUUGACUGGUUCAACCUGAUCCGAAAGAAGCAGACCUACAUUAGGAGGGAGUCAGAGCUUGUGUACAUAGUGAAGACUCAAGACCUGGAGGGGCAGCAGCCUGGGGUGGAGGGUGAGCUGCGCAGACUGUUGGAGAAACCAGAUCAUCUGAAGUCUACAGAGGAGCGUCGGCGAGAGAACGGGCUGAUGGAGAGGUUGAUGGAGAUUGUGAACGGUAGAAACGCCAUUGUAGAAGGACUGGAUGAAGACAGGCUCAGGGAAGACAAAGAGGAUCAGCAGUUGAAUGAAAUGAUGCAGACUCUUGGACUUAAACAAUCCAAAAUCAAGAGGAAGUCUUCCUUCAAAAUGCUGUUUAGACACAAAAGUAGUAAAAAGGUCACUGUGAGGGAUCCAGGGACUGCGUUUUGAUUGCUCUGGGGUGGGGGGUGAGGUAUGCGUUUUCCCAUGUCUGGAUUGUUUUUAUUUGGGUUUAUAUUUUCAAGUGAUACGGCGUGUGUAUACCAACUUGUGUUCAUGGUGGUAUUUGAGCUCAGCUAAUAAGUAACAAGAGUGUAUGUUGCUGAGCCUGAAAGAUCUGAAGGUCUAAGACCAACUUUUUUUCAGCUACAUAUCACAUCAAGUUGUUUCGUCUCGAAGGUUUGUUUAGAAAUGUUUUUUUUGUUUGAGGAGACUCCAGGCUUUCACUCUUCAUUUAGUGUUCUUGAGAUGGGUCUCAUGACACUUGACUGAUCAUAAUGUUCUGUUCCUUUUUGAGUUAGUGUAUAUCUAAGGGAUCACAAUUUAGCUCAUGGUUUGCUUAACUUUGUUAGUUUUUUUUUUCCCCCACACGUCUAGGUUGGGAUUGUUGUGAAGAGGUGUUCAAGAGUCACUGUUAGAAUAAGUCCAAUGCAAAAUAAUGUAACUGGUAUUGUUGCACCGGAUAAUGGUGAAAGAGAAUCCAUAUCACUGUUAAAUUGUUAGUAUCAAAAGUGAAGCUUGCCUUUGAGUGAUGUUUUUAGCUCCAGUAUGUCCAAUUUAAUACCAAUGUAUUAUGCUUCCAAAAAGUGUUAUUACAAACCUUGAGUAACAUUUUGAGUGAAAUCCAUCUGUAGACCAGUGAAGUGGUAAGCAGCGUUCUACGCUACCUCAGUUGAAAGGCUGUAUUUCUUCUGUCGUGCUGUAGGUGGCACCAUGGUUUUACCGUACACGAACCGGGCAGGAACCUGAAUCCAAUUCACCACAGUACAGACAGCUAAUUUUAUAAAUGCUGCAAAAAGUUAAAAUUCUGCUGAUGCAAUAACAUUGUGAAAGCUUACGUAGAACAGUAGCUCAUAAACUAAUGGUUGCAUUGAGCUUUUAAUCUUAAACCUGGUUUAAUUAAACAUAUAUUAGUAUAGAAUUAUCUACUGAAGCAUUGUUUAUGCCUGGUCCAUUAUUGCAAUGUUUUAAGUGAACAUUGUUGGCUUUUGGAGUCAUCUGUGAAAAUGCUGUUUGAGGUCUGCACAGGUCCCAAUGUCUCGUGACUUUUUAAAAUUUGGAAGAAUGUUAAAUGAAUGUGCAUAAUGUGUAUUUAUAUUUUUAAUUGAGUUUGCUGUCCAAUAAAUAAUUUGAACAUCCUUGGUUUUGAAAGCACUCAUAUCUAACUUUUUAAUGUCUUGUAGAAUUUAACUGUAGGCCUUUUAAAUAAAAAAUUUAAAAAAUAAAUAAAAAUAAACUUUUUUUUUUUUUACUUUAAGCAAUUCUCGGCCUUGAUAUUUUAUAGUUUCAAUUAACGUGUCCCUUGAUAAACUGUAGGAUGUUUUUUCAAUAUGAUUUGAUUUAUUCACAUGCGAGACUGUUCAGUUCCUAAUAAAACAUCUAAACUGA